UCUCGCGAGCUCUACCCCCCGUUUGGAACUCAUGCUACCAGUCAGUAUCUGAAUGCCUUACUGCAGUGUGUAUUGCAGCGAGGAUGCAAUGGGAGUCUAGGAGGAGUUGCACCAAGGUCAAUGCAGCAUCCACUCUAAAACAUAACACCGCGGAUUUGAUUCACGUUCGUACAAGUGUGCUGAAAGCGAGAGUACCGUGAAGCGUUUUGAAGAUUCGUUUGCCAGGACUGAAAGUUGAUGCAUUUUUCCUCUGUAGUGUAUAUAACGUUAGUGAGGCAACUAGCAAGCCAUCCUUCUCCAUUCGUAGCUCUCCGCAUGUCUGGACUACCUUUUCUCAAUUCGGAUGCACUGCGUUUCUGUUGGAGCGAAUAUCCAGACGGUCGUCCUCCACUUGGGUGGUAUCAGGAGUGUUCGCUAACUUUGUCGGAAAUAAUUUGGUUUUAGCAGCAGUGUAGCUUUGCUAUUGUACACGAGUUGUGCUGGACAUUUAGCUAGCUAGGUUUGUAUCUGCGAGCUCGUCCAUUCAUCAGUAAUAUUUGCAAUGUCAGCCACAUCCUCCACGCCUCCCAUUCAGGAAGAGAAACAGGCGCCAGAAAAUGAGGGACUAACCGUGGAUACAGGUUUGGAGCCCGCCGGCCCGACACCCAGCUCGAGUCGGUUCCAGGUGGACCUAGUGGCUGAAGCAGCCAGCGCCGCUGAUAAAACGCCCAGCACGGAUUCCACGCUUGCAUCUGGCGACAAAGCCACCCCCGAAGGUACGGAGCCAGCGGCGGGUGGUGAGGCAAAAGGCCGGUUCCGAGUGGUGAACUUUAUGGAUCCCAGUGGAGCGAGCCCACCAGAAGUAGUGCCCGCUGAAGGCUUCCAGAAUGGAGACACCGUAAUGAGCGAGGGCAGCCUGCAUUCUUCGACAGGAGGCCAGCAUCACUACCACUACGACACCCAUACAAACACCUAUUACCUGAGGACUUUUGGCCACAACACCAUCGAUGCUGUGCCUAACAUAGAUUUCUACCGGCAAAGUGCUGCUCCGCUGGGGGACAAGCUGAUAAGACCCACCCUUUCGGAGCUGCACGACGAACUUGACAAGUACUGCCUGUUCACCAGCCCCAAGCACUACCUCUGCAGCCAGCCUAUCUUCCACACUGAGUUGCAGUGCAGAAUUACAAACGAUCUCAAUGCAGGACCUGGGAAGCUCUAUCUUGGGCCCACCUCCAAGACUUACUCCACUGGCUUGCUCCUCAGCGACGCCAAAGAGCAGUAGCAGGGAUUUGAGGAGAAGGGAGACUUACUCCACUGGCUUGCUCCUCAGCGAUGCUACAGAGCAGCAGUGGUAGUAGCAGGGGUGUGAGAAGGGACAAAGGAGCUGCAGACUCGGUCCUAGACACAUCACUAUUAAAGGCAUUGCAAAUGUUUGAAGACAUCUCAAGAUCUGGAGAACAUUAUGCGCCAAGCCCACCAGCUUGUCCCAGAGGGUGGGCAGCUACAGCUGAUUUCAUGGAUGAACUCUUGACCAAUC